CCAGGCUGGUCAGUAGGGGGCGCUGUCUUGUUUUUUUUCCUCCGGCUUGGUCACAGGGGCCGUUGGGCCAUCUCCCGACAGGCCUCGUUGAGCUCCGCAGGGUGUUUCUCCCUGUCCCGCCGCUGGGGACGCUGCGCCAUUAGGGUGGCUCGCGGGAACCUUCGUGCGGCAGAACCUUUGGGCGGCGGCUUCGGCCGAGCCUGUUUCUCGGAGGAACCCGGAAGUGCCUUGGAAGAGGCGGCAGGAUGCCCUCCUGAGCCUCUGCCUAGAAGGACAGCCACAAACAUGUUUCUGGCUCGAGUUUCCUCUCAGCUAACUAGGGCCAUGCCCUGGGCAGGCCAAUGCUUGUCAAGGCUGGGCCCUGUGGUGUCCUCUCAAGUCUUUGUGACUGAGCGGCACUGUUACAGCACCUGGCCAGCAGGCAGGAACGGGCCGGCUCCUCAGCCCCCAGCACGGAGGGAUCCAGAGCUAGAGGAGAUGCUGGUUCCCAGGAAGAUGUCCAUCAGCCCCUUGGAGAGUUGGCUCACUGUUCGGUACUUGCUCCCCAAGCCUGAGGCCUCCCUCCCUGGCCCUGCACGUGGGAUGGUGAGCCCCGCCUUGUCCUAUGACUGUCCCCCAAGUGAGGCCAAGGCUGAGGAGGAGCUACGGGAAGGAGCUUCCCAGCAGGCCCCUGAGGUACACUGCAAGAAUGUGCUGAAAAUCCGCCGCCGCAAGAUGAACCACCAUAAAUACCGCAAGCUGGUGAAGAGGACCCGCUUCUUAAGGAGGAAGGUCCGAGAAGGGAGAAAGAAGCGGAAACAGAUCAGAUUUGAGAGAGAUCUGAAGCGUUUGUGGAAGAAAGCGGGCUUGAAGCAGGCCCCUGAGGGCUGGCAGCCCCCCAAGAUCUAUGUGAAGGGCACGUGAACCCCUCCCCUGAGUGCCGUUUGCUGCAGCAUUUUAAUAAAUGUUAUAGAAUCAGCCUCCCACAA